CGAAGCAACGUGUUUUGUGUUUUGGUCGGUUCUAGUUUUUGGUUUCGACAUAAUCUAUUGUAGUUUUCGCAAAUUCUGCACUAUUUUCAUCAGUUACCGACGCAAACAAUGUCUUCGGAUAGAAUAAAAAAACCAGCCACACGCCGUGGCAAGCGCUUUCUGGAUGCACGUGAGCCGAAAACGAUUGAGAAUGCCAAGAAAACCCUGAUUAUGGAAGGUCGCAAAUGUUCCAACGAAAUCCGCCAGGCACUAAAGGACUUUAAUCUGCUAAAGAAGCCACUGGUUAGGUUGAUGAGGAGGAACAACGACGUUACUCUGUUUGAGGAUGCGACACCGCUGGAACAAUUGGCUAAAUCGAACGACUGUCACCUGUUCAUGUUUGGAUCAUCAUCAAAGAAGCGCCCAAACAAUCUGAUAGUGGGCCGUAUUUAUGAUGAGCAGGUACUGGAUAUGAUGGAGCUUGGCAUUGCGAACUACAAAGGUCUGCAGGAUUUCAAAACCGAGAAGAUUUCAGCCUUUGUGAAGCCUGUAAUCGUAUUCAAUGGAUACAAGUGGAAACUAACAGAGGAAUUGCGACGCCUUCGUAGUCUUUUGCUGGAUAUGUUCCGAAUUGACAACGUUGAUACCAUGCGAUUACAAGGCAUUGAGCAUGUUAUUAGUUUCACGAUCACAGAAGAUUUGACAAUCCUGAUGCGUUCCUACAGAGUUCAGUUGAAGAAAAGUGGUCAGAGAACGCCUCGCAUUGAGCUGUCGGAAAUGGGACCGUCAAUGGAUUUGACGGUCAGGCGGACGAAGAUAGCUUCGGAUGAUCUGUACAAAACGGCUAUGAAGCAACCGGCGAUCCUGAAGGUUGCCAAACGAAAGAACGUCUCCCGCGACGAGCUGGGUAACGUGCACGGAAGGGUGCAUGUUGGCAAACAGGAUAUCAAUGCAAUUCAAACGAGAAAGAUGAAGGGUCUCAAAAAGACCCCCGAGGAAAAGAAAGCAGCGCGUGCUGAAAAGAAGCGUAAGUCAGCAAGUUCGGCAGGUGAAGUCUCUGAGCAGGCAAACGACGACGAUAUGGAUGUGGGUGGCGAUAGAAGUGGAAUGGAAGUAGAUAGCGAUGAGUGAGUAUGAGUGGGAUUCUAAUCCAAAUGAUGGCCGCAUUAUGGUUUCCUUUUGCUACCGAAAAAGGUGGGAUAUGGUUCACUGUGUGACGAAACUUACGUUAAGUUAUAUAAGAAUUAGUGUUUCAUAAAUGAAAAAUAUUUAAUA